AACAUGAGGCAGCUUCCUGGCCAUCACUAGGGAGCUGAGAGAAGCAAAAAUUAUAGAGAGAUAGAGAUGAUGAGGUACGGAGGCAGAGAAGGAGGGACUGAGGGAGAGGGAAAGUGGCGGAGGCAGUCUGCUCCGGCUCUCCGCUCUCCCUUACCUCCCGAGUCCCUGCACCAGUCAGUCGAGUGCUAGACCCCGCGGCGAGAGGUCUGUGCUGCUCCUCCCCAGUGCGUCUGUCAGUGACCCACCUUUCCCGUGGUUAAGAUGAUGACCAAAGCUUAACCCAUUGUAAACCCCAAGGAAAAAUUAGUAGUAAUUCAGUGAUCUGUGAGUGAAUGCCGCUGUUAUUUUUAAACCAGUGUUAAGAAUUCUGCCACAGUUUGAAAUAAGUUGAUUCAUUAUUUUUUUUUCGGUUUUCUGUAAAAUAUUUUUGAUUACUGUUGAUGAUGGAAAUUGCCCGUGCAAAUCUGCCAUGAUGGAUACCAGGACUUUGCUCUAUGCCGCGUGUGAGGAGUAAGAUGGAGAACCCGGCGUUCCUCGACAGCGACCAGUCCGUCUACGAGAGCGCGCGAGGAGCCCCACGCAACAUGUCCCAACGGCGACCACACCACCUCCCCGCCAUCCACCACGCUCACGCCCACAAUACCAGGCCCGUGGGCGUCCCGCAACACAUUGCUCACGUUCACAAUGGACGCGUGCUGGGCGUGACGGGCAUUCCCGGGAACGUGUUGCCUGGGGCUGUGGUACAAGUGUCCGGGGGCCCCGUGUCUUCGCCAGCCCAGACACCAGGCCACACCACCACCUCAUCCCACUACCCCGAUCCUUCGUUGCCGCCCCUGUGCCCCGCCCACCUCGGCCCGCACUCCCACGUGCCUCACAGCGAGCCCAUGUACUCCUGCCAGGCUCCCCGUGGCCACGACCACGUCUACCAGUGUCCCGGUCAUCGCGGCGACCACCUGGACCACCGGGACCACGCUGACCCCCGCGAUCACUUGGACCACCGGGACAAUCACCGGGACCCUCGGGAGCACCACGUAGACCCACGAGACAUGCGGGAGCACCUCGAUCACCGCGACCACCGCCUGGACUCCCGCGACCACCACGUGGACCCCCGCGACCAUGUAGACCCCCGAGACCAUGUGGACCCGAGGGACCCACGCGACCCCAGGGACCACAGAGACCACAGGGACCACCGGGACCCACGCGAACACAUGGACCCGCGUGACCCUCGGUUGGACCCCCGCGAGCACCAGCUGGAUCCCCACGAGCACCGGCUGGACCCCGGGCUGGACCAGCGGCCGGACUACCACUACGGCGGCAGCGACUACUCCAGCACGGAGCCCAUCUACGCCCAGCCACACCUGUAUCCACGCGAAGGCGGGGCCGGCACGCCCACCCUCAACUAUAAUAACGCCCGCGGCUCGCUGAGGGCGGCAUCGGCGGCCUCCUCCCAUCUGUCCUCCGGAACCCCGGCCAAGUACCUCGUUCGGACCGACUCCUGCGGAAACUCCACAUCCUCUUCCAUUCUGCCAACUGUAUCCGCCCUACUGGCCCGAGAGCCCACUCACACCCCGCCCACACCCGCCCAUAACACCACGCCUUCCCUCCGCUCCUCCGCGCGCCACGGCAAGGGAGGAGCGACGCCCACACCUGCCAAACUGAAGCGCCAAGGACUAUUUAGGGUGUGGAAGGUGAAGUUUAUGCGCGGCGAAGGUGGGAGGCGGCGGGUGUGCAUGGUGCUGACUGCCGUGGUGCUGCUGCUGCUGCUGGUGCUAGGCGCGCUGGCCACCGUCCUCUACCUCACGCUUGGCGGAGGACUGAGCGCCUUCGUCGGUGUGUCCCCGAAACUUAUUGUUACUGAGACAGGUAAGCCGCUCAACAUUUUUUUUAGUUAACAAAGUGUGUGUGUGUGAUAUGUAUAUAUAUAUAUAUAUAUAU